GAGCCAAGAAAACCAGCUACGGGCCCAGCAGUGGAUGCAGAAGCUAUACGACCAGCUUGAGCUGCAGCACUUCCUCCGAGACUGCCAGGAGCUGGAUGGCUGGAUCCAUGAGAAGAUGCUGAUGGCGCGGGAUGGCACACGGGAAGACAGCCACAAGCUGCAUAAGAGAUGGCUCCGGCACCAGGCAUUCAUGGCUGAGCUGGCUCAGAAUAAGGAGUGGCUGGAGAAGAUUGAGAGGGAGGGCCAGCAACUGAUGCAGGAGAAGCCAGAACUGGCAGCCUCUGUGCGGAAGAAGCUGGGGGAGAUCCGGCAGUGCUGGGCAGAGCUGGAGAGCACCACCCAGGCCAAGGCACGGCAGCUCUUUGAGGCCAGCAAAGCUGACCAACUGGUGCAGAGCUUUGCUGAACUGGACAAGAAGCUUCUUCACAUGGAAAGUCAGCUGCAAGACGUGGACCCUGGCGGGGACCUAGCCACCGUCAACAGCCAACUCAAGAAGCUGCAGGUAUGGCCUGGUUGGCCCAGAUGGGGACUCCUUAUGCUACACUGGGGCUGGGUCAGGGUCAAACCCCACGCAUGGGUUCAGGAGCGGCUGCCACUGGCCAUGCAGACAGAACGGGGCAGUGGUUUGCAGGCGGUGCAGCAACACAUCAAAAAGAACCAGGAAACCGAGGCUUGGGACGCGACCCUGCUUGAAGAUCCAGGGAAACACGGCUCUGCCCUGAGAGAGGGUGGUAGGGGCCGCAGCUCUGCCCAGGAAACCUCAGGAGGCUCCAUCUGUCCCCUCACCAGCGAGCAGAUCAGCCGGCGACAGUCUCAGGUGGACCGGCUGUACGUGGCACUCAAGGAGCUGGGCGAGGAGCGCCGGGUGGGCCUGGAGCAGCAGUACUGGCUGUACCAGCUCAGCCGCCAGGUGGACGAGCUAGAGCACUGGAUCGCCGAGAAGGAGGUGGUGGCUGGCUCACCCGAGCUCGGCCAGGACUUCGAGCAUGUCUCGGUGCUACAGGAGAAGUUCUCAGAGUUCGCCAGCGAGACGGGCACGGCAGGGCGGGAGCGGCUGGCAGCUGUGAACCAGAUGGUGGACGAGCUGAUCGAGUGUGGCCAUACGGCAGCAGCCACCAUGGCCGAGUGGAAGGACGGGCUGAACGAGGCCUGGGCCGAGCUGCUGGAGCUCAUGGGCACGCGGGCCCAGCUGCUGGCCGCCUCACGGGAGCUGCACAAGUUCUUCAGUGACGCCCGAGAGCUUCAGGGACAGAUCGAGGAGAAGCGGAGGCGGCUGCCUCGCCUGACAGCCCCACCUGAGCCGAGACCCAGCGCCAGCUCCAUGCAACGGACCCUGCGCACCUUCGAGCAUGAUCUGCAGCUCCUUGUGUCCCAGGUCCGGCAGCUGCAGGAAGGGGCAGCCCAGCUCCGGACGGUGUACGCGGGCGAACAUGCCGAGGCCAUCGCCAGCCGGGAGCAGGAGGUGCUGCAGGGCUGGAAGGAGCUGCUGGCAGCCUGCGAGGACGCCCGCCUGCACGUGAGCUCCACGGCCGACGCCCUGCGCUUUCACAGCCAAGCCCGCGACCUGCUCUCCUGGAUGGAUGGCAUCGCCAGCCAGAUUGGGGCAGCCGACAAGCCCAGGGACGUGUCGUCGGUGGAGGUGCUCAUGAACUACCAUCAGGGGCUGAAGACCGAGCUGGAGGCGCGGAUGCCAGAGCUGACGGCCUGCCAGGAGUUGGGGCGCUCUCUGCUGCUCAACAAGAGUGCCAUGGCUGAUGAGAUCCAGGCACAGCUGGACAAGCUGGGAACCAGGAAGGAGGAGGUGUCAGACAAGUGGGACCGCCAUUGGGAGUGGCUACAGCAGAUGCUGGAGGUGCACCAGUUUGCCCAGGAGGCGGUGGUGGCCGAUGCCUGGCUGACAGCCCAGGAGCCAAUCCUGCAGAGCCGGGAGCUGGGCAGCAGCGUGGACGAGGUGGAGCAGCUCAUCCGGCGACACGAGGCCUUCCGCAAAGCGGCUGCAGCCUGGGAAGAGAGGUUCAGCUCUCUGCGGCGCCUGACCACGGAGUCCAGCGAGCAGGAGAUGCCCAUCAGAGGAGACCUGGCCAAGGGGAAGGCCACCCUGGCUGACAUUGUGGAGCAGCUGCAGGAGAAAGAGUCAGGCCCAGGACUCCCUGCUGGGCCGUCGCUGCCUCAGCCUCGCGAGCUGCCCCCCGGCCGCCUGCCCAACGGGCUUGAGCCGCCGGAGCGAACACCUCGGCCGGACCGGCCGUCAUGGGUGAGCCUGUACUGCGUGCUCAGUAAGGGGGAGCUGGGCUUCUACAAGGACUCCAAGGGCCCAGCGUCUGGGAGCACACACGGCGGGGAGCCACUGCUCAGCCUGCACAAGGCCACCAGCGAGGUGGCUAGUGACUACAAGAAAAAGAAGCAUGUCUUCAAGCUCCAGACCCAAGAUGGCAGCGAGUUUCUGCUCCAGGCUAAAGAUGAGGAGGAGAUGAACGGCUGGCUGGAGGCAGUGGCCGCCUCGGUGGCAGAACACGCCGAGAUCGCCCGCUGGGGCCAGACACUUCCUACCACUUCGUCCACAGACGAGGGCAACCCCAAGAGAGAGGGCGGGGAGCGGAUGGGCACGGGGGCGCUGAUCUUCAUCGACAGGGACCCCACCGUCUUCGCCCCCAUCCUCAACUUUCUGCGAACCAAAGAGUUGGACCCCAGGUUGGCAGCGAUAAAGCGGAGGGAGUCCCCUAUCGUCUUCACCCGCUAG